UCAAUGAUCUCGAUGAAACAUAUAGAAUUUUGAGAUAUAAGAAUUAUUCAGAUGAGGCUCAAAGACAUUCUAUUGGCCAUGAACGUGAUACUGAUAGUUAUUUGAGAGGCCCACCUGGUGUAGUAUUGGAGACUGUCACUGCGACUAGAUAUAUUGAUUUAAAUAGUACAAAUCCUCAAGCUAUAGCAUCCACAAUGAAUGCUAU